GAAUUAGAAUUUAAUCAAAUCAACCGCAAUUGAGUGAUUGGAAGUGACCAGACAGUAAUAACAGUGAUGAUGAACAGAAUUGUGUAAAAAUCUUGUGAUCCAGUGUGGAAAAUUCGAGUAAAAAGUGUCAAAAAAAAAAUAAUUUUUGUUGUUGUUUUUUGUGCCAUUUUUUUACAAUUCGCGUGGAAGUCAACAUAAAAAAACAGAUAAAAACCUAGUUCCUGCAUGUGAUGCUGAAUGGCAAGCAUCCACAUGGAGAAAAAUUCAAAACACUCAAAGAAGCUACGAAAGCCAUCAAAAUCGUCGCCAUCGACUCAACAUAAACUCGUUGAGUAUUCGGAUGUGUCAAGUAAUGAGUUUUCAGCACCAGAGGCUGGUGAAUUGCCAUCGGAUGGACUGUCAAUCGUUAGUGAUGAUGAGAUAUCGACAAUUGGUAAUAAUAAUAACAUUUAUGAGCCAAUUGAUGAUGAUGAUGAGGAGCUGGAGAAGUUGAUGGAUGAGGAUGAUGAUGAUGAGAUGUAUAAUAGUGAGACAUUCAGUGACACGACGUCAGCGGCAAAGAAGCGUAGCAAAAAGUCGAAGAAAAAGUCUAAGAAAUUAAAGAAGUCAAAGAAGAGAAAAAGACGACGAAAGUCAAGUGACUCAAUUGAGGAGAUAUCCGAUGAUGAUGCAAUUCUGGAUGAAGUUGAUCACUCGAAGAAGAUUGAUGAUGGAUUUACGCCACCACUCGACCAAAUCUCAUAUACACCAAAAAGAAAAUUCGAUAGCUAUACACCAAUAUCGCGUGGAUGUACGCCGCAGUCAAUCAAUAUCAGUCCAGAAAGUCCAUUAUCGGAUAUUCCUCCGACUGGACCAAGUAAGAGAAAUGACUAUCGAUCACCUCAUACACCUCCAAUGCCUAUAAAGUCAUCGAAACAUGAUCGAAGUAUGGUACUUGGACAUGAUGAACGUGGUGGACAUGGCUCAGGAAGACAUUCGUCGUUAUCGUCUAGCACAUCCCAAAAAGGAACAAUAUCAUCAUCGAAAAAGAGACGACACGUAUCCCCAGAAAGAUCAUCAUCAUAUCGCAAAAGAACAAGAAGCCGAGAAAGGUCGCCUUAUGAAUCCUACGAGCUGAGUAGUAGGAGGCGUCGUGAUCGUGAACGAUCGUCAACUUAUAAUAGUAGCCUUAGGAAAAGACAUGAGAGGAGACGAAGAUCAAAAUCAUCAUCAACACCACCCCGCAAGCAGCGACGUCGCAGAUCCCGUUCACCACCAUCACGUUAUCAUCGCACUCCAUCACCUCUACCACGCAGAACAUCAUCACGUUCACCCUCGCCUUCAUUACUCGCCAAAGUUAUGCCGUUAAAAAAGUCAAUCAAUAUGAACGACACGUCAUUAUUUGCGGAACUAGUUAAAGGCAGUAAGCUCAAGCGCGAUAAAGUACUGAAAGAGAUUCUCUCGGAGACAAAUACAAAUACAAAUAAUAAUAUUGAUACAGCAACAGGAAAGACAGAACCGGCACCAUUCUUGAAUAACACAAAUGGUGAUCUCAAGGACAUUCCAGUUCCACCGGCGAAUGGAAUUCCAAUGGCAUCGACUGAAAUUCACGAAGUGGAUAAUGUCAUGAAGAAUCAACAGCAACCGCCAUUACCACCAUUACCAAGUGAAGCCACAGCUGUGAUAAGAAAGGUGACAGAACUUCCAAUGCCGCCUGGUGUGAUUGUGCCAAUGGAUGUCAAAACACCAUCACCGCCUAAAGAAGCACCAAUGGCUGGACCGUCUAAGAAAGUCAAACUUACGGAACUGCCAAUGCCACCAACAGUUCCAGGAACUGAGGAUCUCAGUGAUGAUGAGAAUGAUGCAUCGAUUGCUCAAAGGGGGCACAAAAUUAGUGGCAAUGGUACGACAAACUCUGCUGCCAAACUUCUACGGCCAAAGAUCAUCAAUAGGAGGUUAUCAGAUGGACCGGAAGGCAAUUGGGGCGAGAGAUGUGUUGAGGUGUUCCAGAUUAUAGCACAGAUUGGUGAAGGUACAUACGGUCAAGUGUAUAAAGCAUGUGAAAUAAAUACAAAGGAGGUCGUAGCUCUCAAAAAAGUCCGUCUCGAGAACGAGAAGGAAGGCUUCCCAAUCACAGCCGUACGCGAGAUCAAAAUUCUCCGUCAACUCAAUCACAAGAACGUAGUAAAACUUCGCGAAAUAGUAACUGAUAAGCAGGAAGCCAUAGACUUUUGUAAAGACCGCGGUGCCUUCUAUCUUGUAUUUGAGUAUAUGGAGCAUGAUUUAAUGGGAUUAUUAGAGAAUGAGCAGGUUGAGUUUAAAGAGAUUCAUAUAGCAUCGAUUAUGAAGCAGUUGCUUAGGGCGCUUAAAUAUUGUCAUGAAAAGAACUUCCUUCAUCGUGACAUUAAGGGCAGUAAUAUUCUUAUGAAUAAUCGUGGAGAAGUAAAACUCGCAGAUUUUGGUCUUGCACGUGAUGCUGAGGAUCGUGAACGACCAUAUACUAAUAAAGUUAUAACAUUAUGGUUCCGACCGCCAGAGCUUUUGCUAGGAGAGGAAAAGUACGGUCCAUCAAUCGACAUCUGGUCAGUCGGAUGCAUCCUAGGUGAAUUAUUCGCAAAAAAGACGCUGUUCCAAGGAAGUUCAGAGCCGCUCCAAUUAGAAAUUAUAUCACGUCUUUGUGGAUCACCGACACCAGCCGUAUGGCCAAAUGUUAUUAAGCUACCGCACUUUAAUUCACUGCAGCCUAAGAAACAGUAUCGUCGUAGACUGAGAGAAGAGUUUGCUUAUAUGCCUGACUCAGCGUUGGAAUUAUUUGAUAAAAUGCUCACUUUAGAUCCCGAGAGGAGAAUUACUGCUGAGGACGCACUUAGGAGUCAAUGGCUGAAGAAUAUUGAACCUGAAACUCUUCCACCACCCGACCUCCCAACAUCUCAAGACUGUCAUGAGCUAACAAGUAAGCGACGUCGUCGAGAAUUGCGCGAGCAGCAAGCAGCAGCACUACAAAAUUUGCCACCAAAGGCAUCAAUUCCUGCAAUUAAAUUAUCAAGCAUUGACUUGGGUCCGCCUUAGGUACAUUUUUUCAGCUCUUUUCGUCGGCACCACGUUGCUCAGUCGUUUUAGUUUUUA